UCGAUAAAAAGCUCAUUCUUUACGCCCCUAACUGAGCUCAGAAAAAUGCAAACCAACGCAGGUCUCAUGCUUCUGACUAUAUGAGCAUUCAAAUUUUGGAGAAUCAGAGCAAGCCUUUUCAAUCUCGAAGUAUAGAGAAAUGAGUCUUCAAGUUUUCAGGCAUUGGAUCCCAACUGUCAAAGAUGCAUUUGAUCGAACACUAAUGGUGGCCAAAUUCUUCUGCAGCCUUCAUGUCACCAAUACUUUCCUCUGUACCUGUGCUCUGGCUAUGGGACCUAGCAUGCUACCCACAUUGAACCUGACAGGAAGUUUAGUCCUGGUAGAGAGACUAUCAAUCCGAUUUGGGAAAAUGGCUUCGGGUGACGUGGUCCUGAUUCGGAGCCCUGAAGAACCCCGAAAGGUUGUGAUCAAGAGAAUAGUUGGUGUUGAAGGUGAUGCUGUUGGUAACGAAGAGGCAACUGCUGUUGUGCCGAAGGGACAUAUCUGGAUAGAGGGAGAUAACAAACAUAAUUCUAGAGAUUCAAGGCAAUUUGGACCUGUUCCUUAUGGGCUCUUAGAGGGCAGAGUUUUCUGGGUGAUGUGGCCUCCUGAAGAUUUUGGAUCAGUGGGUAGAAAAGUGGAAAACAUCAGCCUAGAAAGAUUGCUAAGUGGGUCCAUUUUUAGCAGCGCUGGUUGUCAAAAAACAUAAGCGUCAAAAGUUCCAAGGUUGAUGAUGGAGUGGGCUAGAAUCGUCCAUGAGUUAUGGACAGAAUAGUAGAUGGAGAAUAUUGCAGAUAUCAGUAAUCAAAUUGGGCAGAUGAGACCAGAGAGAUCGAAUUUCUGAAUUCUUUUAUGCUACCUUUGCAUGGCAAAACUGCCAAAACAUAUUUGAUUUCUUGAUGAAUAUGUAGAGGUUUCAUUGUUUUUUCUUUUUUCUUUUUUUUUUUUCGUUCGUUUCUUUCUGUGAUCUUAAGUUUUCAAAACCUGUUCUGUUAGUUUUAUAUUUAUUAUUAUUUCUGUUAUCGAACAAUUAUU